AUGGGAGGUUCUCAUCAGCACAAAACAGUUUCGCGACGUUCCAUCUAUUGGAGACGAAGAGCUUGACAUUCUGAAAAAUUAAGGCGUUUUGAAUGUUCGCGUCCCCCACAACGGCCAACUGCAAUUCGAAGAUUUUCACGUGUGGGUUCGAAAAAUUCCAGGACAGAAACCCUACCUCGGCGACUACAAGGGUAUCACUGUUUUUGGAGAAUCUCGAAAACGUGGCCGCUACACAGAAGUACAUAAGGAAACUGUCAAAAAAGAGAUUAUUCUUUUCAAUAAAUCACUUUAUGCUCGGUACAGCGUUAUCAAUUCUACACAAUACGUCAGGCCAAUAAUCGAUUUGAAUAAAGUGGAAAGAUUGAAACCUCUGAUGGCUCGUAUGCUCUGUCAACUAUAUAUGCCAAACAACGCGGUUCAUGAGGCGUUUUCUGCAACAUCAAAAGACGGUAUCGUUGUCAGUCAGCAGCAACUACGAGAUCUGACUCGACGAGGUUGUCCGGAUACGUUGAUUCGGUCCAGAGUUAUAAAGCAUCCGACGAACGAUCUAACCGCGCGUGAUGUCAGCAGGUUGGAGGGUUUUGGAUCAAGCUCACAAAAAUACUCCGAAAACGAUUCGUCUUAUGAGUCUGAGGAAAGCAAUAUGGAACCACUUCCACCUCAUCCAUUCUACAGCCCAUGUCCUCCUCCAACAAUCCACGUGAACUCUACUUUUCCGGUGAAACAUGCCAGAUCGCUCUGAAA